UGGGACAUCAGUUAACCCCAAAUAUUUGUUAUCAGACAUCCCGGCAGCUCGCAGCUGAUCUUUCACCGCAGUUUUAACACUUAUGGUUGUUGGGAAUCUCGGUCUUUUUUCCUUCUGUAUGGUGGAUAUUAUUUUUAACUCACCUUUCCUUAGUGCUAUGGGGGAUCAUUCCAAAAAGAAGCACGGGAUUGCCAUGUGUGUAGGGUGUGGAAGCCAGAUCCAUGACCAGUACAUCCUGCGAGUCUCCCCGGAUCUCGAGUGGCAUGCAGCCUGUCUCAAGUGCGCCGAGUGUAAUCAGUACCUCGAUGAAACUUGCACUUGCUUUGUAAGAGACGGCAAGACUUACUGCAAAAGGGAUUACAUUAGGUUAUUCGGCACCAAGUGCGCAAAAUGUAAUCUCUCUUUCGGUAAGAGUGAUUUCGUGAUGAGGGCCCGAAGCAGCGUCUAUCACAUCGAAUGCUUCCGCUGCGUGGCGUGCAGUCGCCAGCUCAUCCCGGGAGAUGAGUUCGCUCUCAGGGACAACGAGCUGUUCUGCCGGGCCGAUCACGACGUGGUCGAGAGAGCCUCUGCCGGGGGGGAGUCGCUGAGCCCGGUGCCGGCUGGCAGACCCCUCCAGAUGGCAGCAGAACCGAUCUCCGCCAGGCAACCUCCUCUCAGGCCUCACAAGCAGCAAGAGAAAACGACCCGGGUGAGGACUGUGCUGAACGAGAAACAGCUGCACACGUUGCGGACCUGCUACGGGGCUAACCCCAGACCUGACGCCCUGAUGAAGGAGCAACUGGUGGAAAUGACGGGCUUGAGCCCCAGGGUCAUCCGAGUCUGGUUUCAAAAUAAACGCUGUAAGGACAAAAAGAAGACCAUCCUCAUGAAACAGAUUCAACAACAACAGCACAGUGACAAAACCAGUCUGCAGGGUCUGACGGGAACCCCGAUGGUUGCUGGCAGCCCGAUCCGACACGACAGCUCUGUGCAGGGGAACGCCGUGGAGGUGCAGACGUACCAACCGCCAUGGAAAGCGCUGAGUGAGUUUGCUCUGCAGAGUGACCUGGAUCAGCCAGCCUUCCAACAACUGGUAACUUUCUCGGAAUCGAGCUCGCUGCCCAACUCCUCUGGAAGUGAUGUGACCUCCCUCUCCUCACAGUUACCUGAUACCCCGAACAGUAUGGUGCCCAGCCCAGUGGAGACGUGAGUGCAAGCGGCCAGAACUCACCCCCACCACCCACCCCCCCACCAAACCCCAGGACCCACCCGGCUUUACAGCAUGUUCCCGACCCGCAUGAUCAAAGGCCAGCUCCAAACAACAAACCUCUCUCCUUGCUACUUGCAUUUUAUAUAUACAUAUAGUAUAUAUAUUAUAUGUAUUAAACGGACUCGCAGUGACUGCCAAAAAUAAAUAUGCACAUGGAUUUUUUUUUAAAAAACAAUAUACUGCCACCGGAGGACUUACAUGAAAUCUACGUACUGUACAACUUUGCAACGCCAAAAUAAGCAUUAGGAAGAAAAGAAACUUGAAAUGGCAAAAAAAAACAACAACACAGCAACAACAUCACAACAACAACCCUAUUGAAUUCAAGUCACUUACUUAAUCGAGAGGAAGCGAGAAAAAAAAUAGGUUUUCUCAAGAAAAAAAAACAAUGUACAGAAUGAUACAAACGGUUCCUAAAGUUGACUGGAAUCGUUGUAUCUCAGAACGUCAGAGGUGUGAAUGAUAUUGGGCCAUGAUUUUUACAUCACCAGUUUGCCCUUUCUCCCCCCUCCCCCCAAGAUGUGAGUUUCUUUCCAUUUCCCACUCACUGACUAGAGCGGAAGAGAGAAUCAUCCAUUCACUUUUUUCUUGAAAUCGGCAUGAAAUCACCGGGAAAAAAAUGUUACAGUACCGAAGCUUUUAAAAGCCCAUUGUAAAAUAUGUAUGUACCUUCGGAGGACCAACUGUGUGUGUGUGAACCUCCAAGAAAACAAAGUAAGUUAUUGUUAUUUAUUGUGAAAGGGCCACAGUUGAUACUGGGACUAAAUAUUUGAUCUUAAAUAA